CUUUUCAAUGAAAGAAAAAUGACGUUUUCGAGUAGAUAGUUGUUCAUAAAUAAUUUUGUUUUCUUUCACGACGUUUACUUGUUAGCCUGCAUCAUCCCUGCGAUCUUCGCAUCAGAUGUAGUGUUUUGUGGUUGUAGUAUUAUAAUACCAGCUAAGUACGGAAAUUGAAGACCCAAAAAUGACGGAAGCCAGGCGAUUGCAUCUGCAUCUGGGAAAGUGCAUAGAGGACUUGGAUAAGAUGUACAACGUCCCCGACCUGAAGACGAAGAGGACUACAGUGUUAUGCAAGUGUGCGUUGAAACUGUUCGAGAAGGCGGAGGAUUUCUACGAGAAGGGUGACGAGGAGUAUGCCUACGUAUACUACAUGAAGUACCUGCGAGUGGUGGCCUUUCUAAGUAAGGAGAAGGACUAUCAGAAGGACAAGGCCUAUUUCAACAGCAUGCUCGGCCCGAAGAACCCCAACAAAGCAAUAGAUGCAGCUGAGAAGCUGAAGAAGAGUCUCAUCGACAGGUAUGCCACGAUACAAACCAAGAGGACUGACAAGAGUGACGAGAAGAAGAUAGUAGAGAGGGCCCCGGAGCCCGUGGCAGUUGUGGAACCUUCGCCCACCGCCGCGCUACUCCCAGGCUUGGACGAGGUCACAAUAAAAUGCGAGCAGCUCUACCCCGUGCUGAAAGCGGGCAAGUUGAAGGUGAUGAUCCUGGACUGCCGGCCCGGUAAAGACUACGUGGAGUCGCACAUCAACUACCCCGCCUGCAUCAGCGUGCCUGAGGAGUCCAUGUCGCCUGGGCAAUCAGCGCACGUUCUAGAACAGUCGCUACCCCCGACGUCGCGGCCGGUGUGGGCCGAGCGCGCCGCCAUGGAGCUGAUCGUGAUGCUGGACUGGAACAGCACCACUGUCAUCCCCGGGAAGACCCUCUACCUGCUCAAGACCAUACUGUUGAAGUGGGACGUGAAAGUGCACUACUCACGGCCGCCGCUGGCCUUAUGGGGCGGCUAUGAAGACUGGCUGCUCAAAUACCCCUCGUUCACCACCAACCCGCAGGUCGUGCCACCCAGCCAGGCUGACAUGAUGGAAGACAUGCUUGGAGACAUAGACUACCCUAACUGGUCGGACGUGACGUCGUCGGCGCCCGCGCAGGCCGCGCCGCCGCAACGCGCUUCCAAGCCCGGAGAGCCUGUCGUCGAUCGUUCUAGCAAGGCGGCAGCGGUGCAGGUAUACGAGGAGCGGUCGCGCAGCAUGCAGCAGAUACUGGACAAGCAAGAGCGCAUCGCCGACACCUCGCUCACACUCGAGAUGCAGCGCAUUGAAGCCGAACAGGACUGGGAGCGGAUCCGCGGCCAGCGGGAGACGGAGGAACGCGACGAGCUGCGAGCCAUGUACAAGCUUCGAGAGCAGGAGAUCAUUUCGCGGCUGAUGCAGCUCGAGAACAAGCAGUUCGAUAUGGAACAAGAGAACCUUCAGCUUCGCGGGCAGCUGGAGGAGUACCAGCGCAGAGACCGUGAGGAGGCCGGCCGGCUGGCAGAGACCCUCGCCAGCGAGCACAAGGGACCCGACGACGGUGAGCGCCAGCGCGUCCUCGCUGAACAAACGGCAGCGGCGCGGGAGCUUGCUGCCAAGAGCGCGCGCAUCGCCGCCGUAACGGAACAGCGCGACCAGUUGGACCGCCGACGCGAGCUGUUGGAAGCCGAGCGUAAGCGCAAGCUCGCUGAGGCGCGCGAGAAGAAGAAGCCAGAUCUUGAUAAGGACGAGGAUGGCGACACUUACAUGUGUUCGCCGGCUGACAGCCCGACGUCGGGGCUCAACCGGUCGCAGUCGUCGCCCAACCUCGCCAACAGCGGCUUGCCGUGCUCGGACGAAGAGGUACUGGUCCCGAGCUUCGACCGCAGCACCAAGCCCACAAAGCUGGCGCCCUCCAGCGACCAGCGUGCCAGGGACUUCGAGCCUUUCUGGGAGGACGUGGAUGCUAGGAACGCAGUCGGACCCGAUUACCAACCGCGGGCGCAGGGUUGCGGACGCACCGGCUUGAAGAACCUGGGCAACACCUGCUACAUGAACAGCAUCGUGCAGUGCCUCAACAACACCAGCAUCCUCGUCGCGUACUUCUGCAACGGACAGUACCGCGACCAUGUUAACAGAAGGAACAAUUGCACCAGGGGGAUGGUGGCGGAGGAGUUUGCAGCCGUCAUGCGCGCGCUGUGGUCCGGCCAGUACCGCCACAUCUCACCUAAGGACUUCCGGGCGGAGCUGGGCAAGCACCAACGUGCUUUCCGAGGCUUCGAGCAGCAGGACUCGCACGAGUUCCUCACCAUCCUCAUGGACUGGCUCCACCUCGACCUGCAGAUCACCGUCAAGCCACCGCCAAAGGAUACGUGGUCGGCGUCGGACAAGGCGUGGUACGAGUUCACCAAGGGCCAGGAGUCGCUCAUCUCGCGGCUGUUCUACGGGCAGAUCAAGUCGACCGUGCGCUGCACCGUCUGCGCCAAGACCUCCGUCACGUACGACUCCUUCUCCAACCUGUCGCUCGAGCUGCCCGCCAACGCGUCGCGGUGCUCGCUCACCGACUGCCUGAAGCUGUACCUGAACGGCGAGACGAUCCCGGGCUGGAACUGCCCGUCCUGCAAGGAGAAGCGUGACGCGGUCAAGAAGCUGGAUAUAUCGCGCUUGCCGCCCGUGCUGGUCAUACACUUCAAGCGGUUCUUCCUUGACAAGGAGACGCUGAUGAAGAAGCAGACAUACAUCGACUUCCCGCUGACGGACCUGGACAUGCGGCCGUUCACUCUGUUCUCGCAGGCGGCACCCUACAACCUGUACGCCGUCUCCAACCACUACGGCACCAUGCAGAGCGGACACUACACCGCCUACUGCAAGAGUAGCGUCUAUGGCAAGUGGUACCACUUCGACGACCACGCGGUGACUGAGAUCUCGUCGGGCGACGUGAAGUCCAGCGCCGCUUACAUCCUGUUCUACUCGACGUGCCGGACGGCGUGAUCGCCGCACCCGCCGCCGUAUCAUCCCUGCCUCACCCACAUUGAGGCCCACUUGCCCCCACACUUGUUCCGACGGCGCGCCACCCGCAAGUCCCCCUCCCCCAAAUGCUUCACGCGCAUCCCUCUCAUAAAAUACAUACUCAAGGCCUUGAAGGUCUUCAUCUACCGCAUCCGACGUUAGUUCUUGACAGUGCGGGUCUCGUACGCAUGGAUUUAUGAACGUGCCCGUACACGUCAUUUCCGUGGCGCAAGUUUUAGAACGCUAAAGUGACAGCCACGGUGUUGCCCUAUUAGUUUUUCCAAUCGGAUUGUCUAUGCAAUCGGAGUGAAUUUUAAUACUUUUUUACUAGCCGAGUCGUAUUUGUUUAUGAGACUCUUAUUUGCAAAAUAGUGCGCCAACAAAAUCACAUGUCGAGGCACUUUUAUAAAUUCACCCGUACGUACAUGAUAUCUAUGUAGUGUAACGGACGCUUAAAUUAUUCGUCAUAAUUUCGUCUAGGCUAGAGAUUACCGUAAGAAAUCAUACACACGGACCAUUCUAGUAUUGUAUACAUCACGAUACAUAUAAUAUUAAACUUAAGAUAAUUUUAUUAGAAACAACAUGGUAUUAAAAUAAAUGUAGACCCUGUUACAAUAGAAAUCAAGUAAAUUAUUCUGGAAAAUAUUACUUUGGAUAGUACUCAAUAUUCAAUAUAAUAUAUAUUUUUAUGGCACAAUAGAAAUAAUCUGGAGAUAAUAAAACUUCAUUGUUAUUCACAUAAUUCAUUAAAUGUACAAACUGCUUUGUUAAUUACGAGAUCGUAACUUAUAAAGGAACAUUCCUAAAUUUGUAACUUAGAUUCGAAUUAUUUAUGUAAAAUAAGAAUAUAAUCUCGGAGUGAACUAAGGGCAGAACUGGCGCGGUAUGUGUCGCGGUCUAUGUCGCCGAUUCUAUUCGCAUGUCGCAGAUGGUUUGGUCGUAAUUGGACGUUACAACAACGUGAGUGAUUUUGUGCAACGAAAUUGUGUUUCUUACUUUAUACGCAAUGUGGUGCAGAGACGACUGCCUAGAAUAGAAAAUACCUGAUAUGACGAAACAUAUAUUUACCUAUGAUGUCCAGUUGACCUACGAGAGGGGUUGUCGUGUAUGUUUGGAGGACUGUAGCGCCUUGCGCGACGGGAGGGUAGUACGUGGACGGUGGACGCCGAGAGUCCCGUAGGUCUCGGGUCGCGCGGACCGGCGGGCGGACGACAAUAUGCUUUACCUGACGGACCACACGACACAGAUUAGAGAUCCAACUUGUAAAGAAUAUUUGCGUCUUUGGGAUAGAAAUAAUUUAUAAAAUAUAUUUAUAUAUAUACAUGUUGAAAAUAUAUUUGGUUUAGUUGGAAUCUUCCCCUGUGUGGGGUUGCUCGCAUAGAGCACGUGAUGAAGGAAUUGCUGUGUACAUAACAGGGGUCGUGGGGUCGCGAGCGCGGCGGUGUACUGCCGCACGUCUGGACUGAGUACUGAGAUGCGUUUGUUUACACUCGUAAAUGAUAAUAAAAGCCACUUGUACGUCUCCCAGCGACGUACGACUAAGUCCACCGGCGUCCCACUACAUUGUGCAGUAGCAUUAUGUCCGCCUCGAGGGACGCCACGCCGCGUGGCCCGCCCGCUCGCGCCCCCACGUGCCCGGUGGCAGGUUUAUUCGUUGUGAUUAAUUAAUUUACAAAAUAUUAAAAAAGUUUAGUACCUAUCAAUAGAACUUAAUUAAGGGUUUCAAAUAGUUCUCUUUGAAUUUGCUUUGUGCAGUUCCAAUCUCUGUUGUACAACCCACUUACUGUCUGUGUAGUUGUGUCACUAUGUAGUCGGUUUACUUUGUUAAGUUUUAAAUUCUAACACCGCGUUAGUUUCGUGUCUACUCUGCGAGUCACACGUCGUUUGUACAAAACGUAUCGCAACUGGAGGCGGGCGCUCCAUACUCCCGUGCCACGCUGCAUUCGAUGUCAUAUGUUAGCUGUUUAGAGCUUUGAAUGUACUUUAUAUACUUAUUCACUUGUAUCCUCGUAAAUGUAUGUUGUAGAGAAUUUCUAUGUUUAACCGUGUACGAUUAAAAGAUUUGCAAUAGUUAUGAAGCGGUGUUAGAAGUUAAUGUUGAAAGUGGCGGAAAAACAGAUGUAAUACUGCUUACUGGGGAGUAUCACGCUGGCGGCCGUUGGUGGGUGAGCACGAUGGCGAUUCCUACGACCUCUAGACACUACUGGUUCAUGGAUCGAUACAGUAAUGCAUACACUGAUGCUACAGUGGUGUAUUAUAUUAUCGAUAUGUUGUGUCCCUAGUGGUUAGCGUUUGAUAAUGACAGCAGUGGAUAUUGUUAGCUAAAAAUGGUGACAAUUGGCUCACUUUUGAAUCACCGAAUACGCGCGCGUGGUAACAUAAAACACUCAGUUAUAACUAACAUAAUUAAUUGCUGCAAUUACUAGACUUGUUCGUUAGGGCGACCCUCAGUGGCGGUCAGCGUGAUAUAAGAUAGUCGCUACAUGUAUAAGUUUCAUAAGCCUCCACCUAAAUCCUAGUUUUAUUUUAUUUAUUCGCUUUUUUCUCUAGCCUAAAGUGUCCCAUUGCUGGGCAAAGGCCUCCCCCUUGAUAGUGCCAUUUGAUUGCAACGACAUGGAUGAUACUUUGAUACCAGAGGCAGCUACACCACUCAAUUGAUAAAUACGCAGUUAUUUAUACUCCCACAAGCAAGAAAAAUACCUUGACGCAAGGUUGGUUAUGAAACUUGUAACGUGUAGUUAUGACCUAUAAGAUCGUAAGCACAUUGUAUUUUAUAUUGUGUGUAAAUCUAAUCGUAAGAUAAAAAUUUAUUAAAUUCUUUGUUAAUACGAGUCACUAUUA